AUGGCUGAAAACAAUAAAACACUAAGUACAAUUAACGAAAUACCAACAACAAUUAUUUCUACUAACCUGUCGGUUUCCAAUUCCGGGUCACAGGAUUCGGGACCAAGUGUGAUAGAUUACACCAAUUACGUGUUUCUUCCGGCAACUGUUACCAUGGGCAUCAUGGGAAAUCUUCUGACCAUUAUCGUAAUGAAGUCCAAACAAUUCUCCACCGCCCUCUCCUCAUAUUUGCUCAUUUGUUUGGCUGUCUCAGACAGUGUUCUCCUCUUGGUCCAGCCCUUAAACAAAGACUUUGUUAUUGACUUGAUUGGACAGGACAUAAGAUCGUUGCAUAGCGCAACCUGCAAGCUAUAUUUCGUUAUACGAAGGGCAUCUAAGAUGACGUCAUCAUGGUUUGUGGUAGGUCUUUGCCUUGAGCGAUUUAUAGCGGUGUGGUUUCCGUUAAAAGCAAAGAUUUAUAUCACUAAACGUACACUACUUUCUGGGAUUCUAGCCAUUUAUAUUAUCAUUUUCGCCUUUACGGGUGCAUAUAGCUAUGCUUCGGAGAUUGUAGAAGGAAAAUGUCAACCAGAUGUGUAUGACAGGCAAGAUCCUACCGCUACACAAAGAUUUGGCGCCAUUCUUCGGACAGCAUCGAGCUUGUAUUCUGUUGUUCCUAUGGUAAUUCUGUUGACCCUGACCCCGCUUAUUAUUGCUAAACUGAUACGCCACAACCAAAAAGGAAAAACCAUGAAGCCUCAGAGUUCCACUGCACAGAGGAGUAAGGAUGAUCGCCGAGUCACGGCCAUGUUGAUUGGUAUUGUUCUUGCCUACAUCAUUCUGGUUCUACCAAUUACAAUUCUCCACAAUGCCGCAUACGAACUCAAGAUCAGCGCAUUUGCCAGCGACAACGCUGGGUUUAAUCUCUUCAAAGAAAUUUCCCAACUGUUGGAGCAACUGAAUUAUGCGUUGAAUUUUUUCCUGUACGUGAUGACGUCACGGCGAUUUAGAGGCGUUCUAUGGGAAAUUCUCUCUUCCAAACCUGUCGGUUUUCGGAAAUCGGUUACGAAAAGGAGCGAAAGUAAUCAAAGCUCUUGA